GGGCGCAUCACUGUCUCGCCCAGCCUUGCGGCCACUGCUGAUUGGCCGUUCUGGGCUGGGAAGCUGGCAUUGAGGUCUAGGGACAUCUGCUGCGUCUUUUCUUUUCCACCUCCUCUCAUCUUCGACGCUGCAAGUCUGACUCUCCCGUCUCAGGCCCCACUGUGCUCUAUAUGGUCGCUCGUCCUUUGAACAUAUCCGCAUUCGUGAAGGCCAGCCACCCCACCCCUCCCCUAUAACCUACCAGCCCCCAUUCCAAGCAGGUACAACAUCGCCCGUUGCACCAGCAUAAAGGCCCACCGGAGCCUUACCGGACACCAUGUCGAGUUAUCGAACGCACGGCGUCGAAGGCGAACACUUUAAUAGCUACGGUGCGCCCUCCCCCUACACGCCCGGCUCCGACCACUUCUUCUUCUCCCCAACAUCGCCCAACCCUCAGCAGCAGCCUCUCCGUCCGUACGACGACACCGAAUACUCCGCGCUCCCCGCACCCGGGGACGAUCACCGCGCUUCCGUCGGUACACAAUCAACGACUCCGUUCAUAUCGGAUCCGCCCGGCCGCUUCCGGUCUCGGUACAACAGGACCUUCAGCAACCUCUCAAAGACGGAAGAGAUGCUGCGAAAAUGGAGCACGGGCGUACAUUGGUACGUGCCGACCAGCAUGGUGGUGAUCUUCCUGGUCGGAUGCAUGGGUGCUUUGGGGCAUCACCUCUUCAACACCUCUCUGGACGGCGAGCCAGCCGUCAACCAGCUUUUCAUGACUCGAACCGGUGUGUUCCUGGCCUUUUGCACGAAGGCUGCACUGGUGGGAGCGGUUGUGUUGUCUUAUCGACAACGGUUAUGGCAGACGCUGCGAGAAAAGCCAAUAUCGGUCAGGGGACUCGAUGCUCUAUUCUCCGUGGUGGAGGAUCCGACUUGGUUCAUCCUGGCGCCGGAAAUAUUUGUCAAGGCCAAGGUAGCGUCGGUGAUGGCCCUCGCGACAUGGUUGAUCCCGAUCGCAUCGGUCAUGUCCCCGGGUUCCCUCACAGCACAGCUCCGCGAAGUCACUUACGACGAACGGUGUAACGUCAAGUCCGUCAAUUUCACGCUCGAGGCGGUCUCCGACUGGCGAAGCCCCCGGCACGGACAGAUGGGGUUCAAUAUCGCAUUCUUCAACACCACCCCGCCGCCGCCCGCACAGUCCGUAGCGGAUUGGUACGACCAACCGUCGCAAAAUACCAAUCGCAUCACGCAGCUCUCAAUCUACACCGACCGACUCGUCCCCGAGAGGGACUCGCCGUGCGCCGGGUUUAACUGCACAUAUGAUCUACAGUUUGUGGGACCGUGGUACAACUGCUCCAGGCAGAACUGGGAUGCAUCACCAUUCAACCGUUCCGACUUUGCUCCGCAGUCAGCCCCGUUGGCUCAGCAGGGACGGAAUUACAUCUUUCAAGCAAUAACCCAAGACCCGGAUGAGAGUUUGCGCUACAAACUGCCACAGGAUGGUUACAAUGACACCAAUUAUUCGAACCAGGGAAUCUUCCGGAUCGAUCCAGAUAUUUGGAUUGCACAGGUAACCAACACCACCCGGAUAAACGAAGACGCCAGCACACGAGCACGAUGGCCCCACGUCAUGGAACCCAUAGCGUUGAAAUGCGUGCACGAAAAAGCGAAUUACCGGGUCACCUCGAAGUGGACCAACGACCGAUUGGCACAUCGCAAAGCAACCAUCACGGAAAGCAGGACACUCUUCUCCAGAUGGGGAGUCAGCGAGAUCGGGCCCCGUCCGGACAUGGAGAGAUACAAAGAGUUCGUCGCAUAUUAUACCAUUGGAACGCAGAUGAGAAACAUCCUGGAGGGCACUUUGAUCCUCGACAACUCCACCAGCAACGUGGUCACGCACACGAAGAUGUCUCCAACGAGACUUGCGAACCGAAAGACUGCAUGGGCUGCCGCAGACCUCGUGACUACGUUGCACGAUUUCUACGAGGAUCUCGUCAUGUCGUUUAUAUCCGAGCCAUUCAUGGAAGUCUCGAUCGACCAAGAAGUUGAUUGUCAGAAGAAGAGGUACGAGAACAGAUUCCGCUAUGUGCCCAGCUCUCUCUGGAUCGGCUACUCGAUCGCGAUCUUCCUCUCCUUCUGCGCCAUCAUAAUCGGCAGCAUGUCGAUCCGGCACAACGGCAUGUGCUCAGACACGACAUUCUCAAAGAUUCUCGUGACGACACGAAACACGACGCUCGACAAGCUCGUGAUGAUGUACCCCGGUGUGGCGCUCGGCGGCGACCCCAUGCCAAAGGAGCUCGAGCGCACCGAGCUACGCUUCGGCGUUAUCGAUCCCGACCGCACCGGCCACGAGAGCGACCCGCUGCUGUCGAAGCACACGGCGUUCGGAUUGGCGAAGGAGACCACCCCCAUACACAGGUCCGAUGUUCAGCGGACGUUGCAGGCCCAGGACGAUAGCAAUAUGGAGCUUGGCAGUAGGGGGAUGCCGUUUUCGGGCGCGGGAAUGGGCGCCCUGCCGGGUUAGGACCGAGCGGGGAAAUGAUUGGGUGUAUAUUACGUUUUUUUUGGUCGUUUCGGAGGUUUUGCGAUGUUUGUCUGUCUGUCUGGCGUUGCUUGCGGCGUUUUCAAUGUUUAUUCUUGAUACCUCUACCUAUGAUACUUCUAUGUACUCGCGCAACGUGCUGUGGCUGUGGCUGGUGAUCAUGUACUUUCUGUGUUUGUUAUGUACCUACCUACCUACUCCCGACAAAAAUGAGGGGCGGUCUGCGGAUACCCACUUCGGUUCAGUGUUUUCUCGAGUUCUCGGUGCAUACUUUAUUCUACAUAUUGCGCAACAAAAAUGAAAAGAACGGUUAGCUGGUUAUUCGAGUUCUUAGGUAUCCAUCCAUACCGCAGUCGAUUCACAGGGUUGCCAGACUGCCAGUUGGCGCGUCCA